AUGUUACGCCGUCUUGGAUGGUUAUUUGGAUGGAGCAGAAGAUUCAGGCAACCAAAGACGCUUGCUGCAAGACCUUACCUUUCGAGGGUUAAGCCUGUACUAAUGGUCGACACGGUUCAAGAGAUUGCGAUUUAUAUCCACAGGUUUCACAACCUUGAUCUCUUCCAGCAAGGAUGGUAUCAAAUAAAGAUCACCAUGAGAUGGGAGGAUGGUGAUGACGAAAUUCGUGGUAUUCCUUCAAGAGUCGUUCAGUAUGAAGCUCCUGAAUCAGGCUAUAAUGGAGUGUGGAGGAUAGAUGAUACAGAUAAUAGUUUCCUAACACAGCCUUUCCGGAUCAAAUACGCAAGGCAAGAUAUUCGUCUCUGUAUGAUGGUCUCAUUUACUUUGCCACUUCCAAGAUAUGAGGGGACAGCUACAUCAGCUGCUAUAUUGAAAUUUGAGCUCAUGUAUACUCCAUGUAUGGACAAUUCGGCUAACAAGCAUUUAGAGGCUUUGCCUGCUGCGAUUCAUGAGUUCCGUAUUCCACCUAAAGCUCUUACAGGCUUGCAUUCAUACUGUCCUGUGCAUUUUGAUACACUCCAUGCGGUUCUUGUAGAUAUGAGUGUCCACAUCAGUAUACUAAAAUCUGCUGCUUAUAGACGACCUGCAAGUCUCUCAAGUGGCGUAGGUAAAAAUGUGACUGGCAACAAUGCUCCAUCUUUCAAGAAAGCACUUGGUCUGCUUGCUACGGCUGACAAGAAGGUGGUGUCAUUCGUUAAAGGGUUACUUGGAGCUCGUGAUAAUCUACUCGAGGAAAUGAAAAGACUUAGCGAGGCAGUUGGUCAAUCGAUUGACUUGUCAGACUUUCUAUCGGAAAUGAACAAUGUUCCGUUAGCAGUUGCCGGCGGUUCAGGACAAGGCAAGGAACAAAACAGUCUUGAGAAGUUAAACAUCACAUCUAAUUCAGCAAAUGAUGAUUGGCUUCACGAACUCUCAAAAGAUCAUCUAUCUCGUCUAUUCAACUUACUCGGCACCCAGCUGCAUUAUCUUUGGAAUACGUUCCUCGGAUUUCACCGGGAUAAUAACACGAAAUUACUUGAAUAUCUUUGUGAUAUCUGGACUAGAGAUCGGAGAGCGGAAUGGUCGAUAUGGAUGGUGUACUCUAAAGUUGAAAUGCCUCAUCAUUUCAUAAACAGUGGAAUGAGUGAUAUCAUAAACCUCAGUGCACACAAAAGGGCCUCAAGUGUGUUGAAGUUGACUGAUCCUGCUCAACUUGCAGCUAACCGUGCUGAACUUCACCGUCGAAGUAUUGCACAGAUGAGGAUCAACAACCGUUCAAUACAAGACAUGCAUAUACUUGGAGAUCCUAUGCGAGUUCCUAUUAUUAUAGUGGAACGUGUCUUGAAUGCACCAAGACGCACUCUAAGUGAUAACUCUUACUUGAGACAUGUUGAUAUGAUCAAUCUGAACAGUGAUGAGACGGAGAAAGCAAAAGCUACCAACUCCAAGCACAGUCCCCGUGAGCUAAAGAUCGUUGUUUUCGUUCAUGGCUUCCAGGGGCAUCAUUUGGACUUAAGGCUUGUUAGGAAUCAGUGGCUUAUGAUAGAUCCAAAGAUAGAGUUUCUCAUGUCAGAGGCAAACGAGGAGAAAACACAUGGAGAUUUCAGGGAAAUGGGACAGAGGCUCGCAGAAGAAGUUGUUUCUUUCCUCAAGAGGAAGAAAGAUAAAUACGCCAGACACGGCCAUUUGAAAAGCAUCAAGUUGAGUUUCGUUGGACAUUCCAUUGGUAACGUUAUCAUCAGAACAGCCAUCGCCGAUAGUUUAAUGGAACCAUACAGGAAGCUUCUACACACAUAUCUAUCGCUUUCCGGUCCUCACUUAGGCUAUCUGUACAGCACAAACUCUCUGUUUAACUCCGGGCUUUGGCUACUGAAGAAGUUAAAGAGUACUCAGGUUAUUCAUCAGCUUACACUCACAGAUGAUCCUGAUCUUCGUCGUACUUUCUUUUACAACCUCUGCAAGCAAAAGACUUUGGAGAAUUUCAAGAAUAUAAUUCUCCUGUCGUCUCCUCAGGAUGGUUAUGUUCCAUACCACUCAGCAAGAAUCGAAUCGUGCCAACCGGCUUCAUUCGACAGCACGAAACGUGGAAUCGCCUUCUUGGAAAUGCUGAAUAAUUGUAUGGACCAGAUCCGUGGACCGGCUCCUGAAGCGCCUCAUCAGCAAAGGGUGUUCAUGCGGUGCGAUGUUAAUUUCGACACGACGGUGUAUGGACGUAACCUGAACUCGUUCAUAGGACGAGCUGCUCAUAUUGAGUUCUUGGAGUCUGAUAUCUUUGCAAGAUUCAUUAUGUGGUCAUUCCAAGAUCUGUUCCGGUGA